CUUCUAGGCAUAGCCAUGAGGAUUCAGUGCUUACUCUUCCUGCUCGGCGGAAUUCUGGUCGCUUCGGCAGUUCAUCUGCCAGGAGUGCCAGUCGAUUUCAAUCUGAGCGACAGUGUAUUAUCAGCCAUAGCCGAUGAUGUGGCCAAGCAGUUGGAGGAAGGAUACAUUACCUUGAUUAAGACGGGCGUUGAGACUCCUGAAUUCAAGAGGAUCACCGCUCAAUUGGCCCAGUCGCACAGCAAAAAGGAUAUAUUCACCAAGAAUAUGGUUGAUCUAGAGCCUCGUGACAAUUUCCUAAUGUGCACCGCCUGUCGUUCAACUAUGCGUGUUUUCAUGCGCACCAUCCGCGAAGAGGAUGGAGAACUCCACGGCGAUAAUGCUGGCGAUUUGAUGAAGUGGUUUGCCCUGGAUGUGUGCGAUCGCCUUAAUCUCCAGACCAAGGAAGUAUGCGAGGGAUUGCUUGAGUUCUUCAUGCCCACUGUUGAGUAUAUCAUGCGUAACUCGGAAAUGGAUGCGCAAAGUUUCUGCUCACUAUUCAUGGAGUAUAGCUUCUGCAAUACGGUUAGCAAUCCGGACUACAACUGGACCCUGUCUGUGGAUACGAGUGGUGGAGCCACUGGACCCAAGUCGAACACGCCACUUGAGAGCCCAAGUGAUUUUAAGAUCUGCCAGCUGACCGAUAUCCAUCACGACCCACUCUAUGAGCCCGGAAGUCUGGCCUCCUGCGACGAGCCAAUGUGUUGUCAACGCAACAAGGAUACGGUUGAAGGCACCAGUGAGGCUGCCGGCGUUUGGGGAGAUUAUCGUGACUGCGAUUUGCCCUGGAAUGUCCUGGAGUCGGCUCUGAGUCAUGUGGCCGAAACACAAAAAUGUGAUUUUAUUUAUCAGACAGGCGAUGUUGUGGAUCAUAUGGUCUGGGCCACAUCGGAGGAGAAGAACAAGGAGGUCCUGACGAAGGUCAGCAAUCGCAUCACUGAAGUGUUCCCCGAUGUCCCGGUCUAUCCCUGCAUUGGCAAUCAUGAGCCACAUCCACUUAAUCUCUUCAGUCCCGAAGGUGUGCCUACUGAUGUGAGCACAACUUGGUUGUAUGAACAUCUCUACGGCAUUUGGUCCAAGUGGUUGCCAGAAGAGACCAAAGAGACCAUUCUGAAGGGCGGCUAUUACACGGUGUCCCCACGCAGUGGUUUCCGUAUCAUUGCUCUCAACAGUAAUGACUGCUACACGGAUAACUUCUGGCUUUAUCACAGUGGAACGGAUAAGAUUCCCCAAUUGCAAUGGUUGCACGACACUUUACUAGCUGCCGAGGCAGCUGGCGAAAAGGUGCACAUUCUCACCCAUAUUCCCGCUGGCGAUGGCACCUGUUGGUCUGUGUGGGCCAGAGAAUACAAUCGUUGCAUUACCCGUUUCCGUGAUACCAUCAGUGGCAUUUUCAAUGGCCAUUCCCACAAGGAUGAGUUCCUGGUACACUAUUCCGACGAUGGUUACCCAGUCGGUAUUGCCUGGAAUGGCGGAGCUUUGACCACAUAUAGUUACAAGAAUCCCAACUAUCGCGUUUAUGCCAUCAAUGAAGAAUCAUACGAUGUGACCAAUCAUUACACUUACAUCUACAAUCUCACAGAGGCUAAUUUGAAUCCUGACAAAGAUCCAGAAUGGUUUUUGGAAUACGACUUUGUUAGUGCAUUUACCAAGGAUCUAAGUCCUGCUGGCAUUGACAAAUUGCUCGACAACUUUGCCGAUAAUCCAGAAUUAAUGCGAAAAUAUUGGCGCUAUCGCGUGACAUCGGCUGAUCCUCAGGUGAAUGGUGGUUGUGAUCGCAAUUGCUUGGCUGGUUCCCUCUGCCGUGCUGCUGUCAAUAUUAAUGAUCGUACUGAACGUUGCGUGGAGCUAAGGGAGCGACUCUUUAUAGCCCUGGACAAUGAAGGCUCCGAUACUCCAAGUCCCAGCACUCCAAGUCCGUCUACACCAGGUGAUGAUGAUGAUGACGAUGAUGAUAAUGAUGAUGGUGGCUCUGCCUCCCUUACCGCUUUAAGCCUUACAUCGAUCAUUGCUUUGGUACUGACAAUGCGCUUCAGUUUCUAAAAAAAAAAAACAAAAAAGAAAUGCUCAUUACUUUUAAGUAUUGUAUAAUCCAUUUUUAUGAACGGAAAACGUUCAAAAUAAAAUAUUUUCGCUUAUCCCUAUCGCUGGAUGAUAAUCUAAA